UGCUUAUCUCAGCCCAAAGUAAAUGGAGAAUCCAAACAAUGCGACUGAAUUCAUUCUUUUGGGCAUCACAGAGAACCCAGAGCUGCGGAAAAUGCUCUCUGCUGUGUUUCUAAUCCUGUACGUGUCCACGGUUUUGGGGAACCUACUCAUGGUGGCAACCGUGAUCACAAGUCAGAGCCUGAGAUCACCUAUGUAUUUUUUCCUCACUUCCUUGUCCUUCAUGGAUGCCACCUACUGUUCUGUCAUUGCCCCCAAGAUGAUCGUGGACUCCUUCUCCGAGAGAACUACCAUCUCCUUUGAAGGCUGCAUGACCCAACUCUUUGCGGAGCAUUUCUUUGGUGGUGUGGGGGUCAUCCUUCUCGUCGUGAUGGCCUAUGACCGCUACGUGGCCAUCUGUAAGCCCCUGCACUACCCGAGCAUCAUGAACCCUCGGGUGUGCCGCCUGCUGCUGGGAGGCGCCUGCGUGGGGGGGUUUAUCCACGCAGCAAUACAGCUUCUCUUCAUGUAUCAAAUACCCUUCUGUGGUCCCAAUGUCAUCGAUCACUUCAUGUGUGAUUUGUUCCCAUUGCUGAAACUCGCCUGCAUGGACACCCACGCCCUGGGUCUCUUAGUCAUCCUCAACAGUGGGGUGAUGUGUGUGACCAUCUUCCUUAUCCUCGUGGUCUCCUACGUGGUCAUCCUCUGCUCCCUGAAGUCUUGCAGCUCUGCGGGGCGGCGCAAAGCCCUCUCGACCUGUGGCUCCCACCUCACUGUGGUCGUCUUGUUCUUCGUGCCCUGCAUUUUCCUGUACGUGCGGCCUGUGGCCACUUACCCCAUCGACAAAGCAAUGGCUGUGUCCUUUACCAUUGUUGUACCCAUGUUAAACCCCCUGAUCUACACCUUGAGGAAUGCAGAGGUGAAAAAUGCCAUGAGGAAAUUGUGGGUCAAGAAGGUAUAAGACACUUCUAUACAUCAAGGUAUAAGAAACAAACAACCCUGGGGUGUCACUAAUUUGUAUGCGAAGGACAAAUCUUUCCUUCAAGGACAACGAGGUUUUGUCCCUCCAACAUUCAUCACAAUCCAUUGGGCACAGGGCAGCCGAUGGCAUCUUUUAAUAUGCAAAUCACACUAAGACACUACAAUCACCCUAUUUCCCACCUCUCCAGUACAUUUUAUACUCCAUCACUUUUCUUACUAGA